AUGGGUAUCGAUCUGCGGAAGCACCACGAGCGGUCCACGCACCGCAAGGCGCCCAAGAGCGACAACGUCUAUCUGAAGCUCUUGGUGAAGCUCUACCGCUUCCUGGCCCGCCGCACUGAUGCUCCUUUCAACAAGGUGGUCCUGCGCCGCCUGUUCAUGAGCCGCAUCAACCGCCCCCCCAUCUCGCUGUCGCGCAUUGCGUCCAACCUCAAGAACGGCAACGAGAAGAAGACGAUCGUCGUCGUCGGCACCGUCACCGAUGACAAUCGUCUGCUGACCGUCCCCAAGAUGACAGUCGCCGCUCUCCGCGUCACCGCCACCGCCCGUGCCCGCAUCACCGGUGCCGGCGGCCAGGUCAUGACCCUCGACCAGCUGGCGCUCGAGAAGCCCACUGGUGCCAACACCCUCCUGCUCCGCGGCCCCAAGAACUCCCGUGAGGCGGUCAAGCACUUCGGCUUCGGUCCCCACAAGAACAAGAAGCCCUAUGUCCGCUCCAAGGGCCGCAAGUUCGAGCGUGCCCGUGGUCGCAGAAGGUCGCGUGGCUUCAAGGUCUAA